GGGGCCGGGCCGGGCGCUGCGGGCUCCGGGCGGCGCCAUGAAGGACUGCGAGUACCGGCAGAUCCCGCCCGGUGCCGCCGCUCCGGGCCCCGCCGCUUCCCCGCCGCCCGCUGCUCCGGAGCGCCCCGGCGAGACCCCGCGACCCCGGCGGAAAUGGGAGGUGUUCCCGGGCCGCAACCGCUUCUACUGCGGCGGCCGCCUGAUGCUGGCGGGGCACAGCGGCGUCUUCGCCCUCACGCUCGGUCUCAUCCUGGUUACCAGCGGCCUCUUCUUCGCCUUCGACUGCCCCUUCCUUGCCCGUCACCUGACCCUGGCCAUCCCCAUCAUCGCAGCUGUCCUCCUCUUCUUUGUCAUCAGCUGCCUCCUCCAGACGAGCUGCAGGGACCCCGGGAUCCUGCCCAGAGCCACCCCCAGUGAGGCUGCGGACCUGGAGAAGCGCAUUGAUGCCAUGGGGACCUCCACCUACCGCCUGCCAGCCCGCACGAUGGAAGUGGUCAUCAACAAGUACGUGGUGAAGCUCAAGUACUGCUACACCUGCAAAAUGUUCCGUCCCCCGCGGACCUCUCACUGCAGCGUCUGCGACAACUGCGUUGAGAGGUUUGAUCACCACUGCCCCUGGGUGGGCAACUGCGUGGGGAAGCGCAACUACCGCUACUUCUACGCCUUCAUCCUCUCCCUCUCCUUCCUGACGGCCUUCAUCUUCGCGUGCGUCAUCACCCACCUCACUCUGCGCUCUCAGAGAGACGGAUUCCUCGCCACACUGAAGACAACACCUGCAAGUGUGCUGGAGCUGGUGAUUUGUUUUUUCUCAGUCUGGUCUAUUUUGGGCCUCUCAGGUUUUCACACUUACUUAGUCGCCUCAAACCUGACCACAAAUGAAGACAUCAAAGGGUCCUGGUCAAAUAAGAGGGGCUCAGAGUUUGCCAAUCCUUACAGCCAUAAAAGUAUCCUCACAAACUGCUGCGCGGUGCUGUGCGGACCAUUCCAUCCCAGUUUGAUAGACAGAAGAGGGUUCAUCCAGCCAGACGUGGGGACCCCGGCCAGUCCGAAGAGCGAAAUCCCUUCCUUGGGAGCCAAACCUGACACCAGCAUGGUAGGAGGCGUGCCGUAGCGGUGCCGGGAUGUAGCCCAGUGCCCGCGGCGCCUGCACCUAGCUCCAGCAGUACCUUCCCUUCUCACCAUCUCCCCGGCCUCAGGCGGGACAGCCUUGCGAUGCAGAGCUGCCAAAGACUCAGUCGAGCCACACGUUGCCUUUUUUUUUUUAUUAUUAUUUAUUUAUUAUUUUUGUUUCGUUCUUUCACUGUGAUGCAACCUGCCUGGACUUCCGACUGAUGCAGGACCCCAGGGCUGGUUGGUGCCAGGAAGCAGGGAUCUCUCCUGCACCUGGGAAGCAAAACAGGUCUGGGGAGUGCCCUGAGCCUGGAGCAUCGCUCUGGGGAGUCGCUGCGUGCCCUGCGUGGGGCGGUGAGGGGCUGAGGAUGGGGCAUGGGGCUGAGGAUGGGGCUCAGAGCUGUGCUGCUGAGCCUCGUCUUGUGGGCUGGUGCAGGUGGAAGCUCCCUGGUGCCCCUGCUGUUUCCAUGAACGUUUCUUGCUCCUCCGUGCCAGUGCAGGGGGGUUGUUGUGUGUCUUAGUGGCCAGGGAUUCAGCUCGGCCCGCUGCCAGAGCGGCUUUUCUUUUCCAGCAGCUGCCGUGCCUUGCUCAGUCGUGGCUGUGCAGCCGUGGGAGCUGGCUGGGUGUCCCAGCUGCCACUGGUCACUGGGGAAGCGCUGGGGAAAUCUUGGUGUAUUGGCUAUGGUAGUCAGUAAGACAAAGCUUUGCAGCAAGGGCACAAGUUAGGAGGACCCUCACUGUGAGGAGGAAGAAACCUGUACCGUCCUGCAGCUCUCCUUGUGAGAAGCUCCAGCUGUGAGAUUUGGGAUCCCUAACUUGCCAGGGAAGCCCGUCGGGGUCUGGCCUGUAGGAGAAUGGAAGGCUGCAGGAAAGUGGCGACUUCCCAAGGGCCGUGCCUGUCCCAGGUGGUCACACAGAGGGAGCAGCAAGCGGGUUCUGAUCUCUGACAGCCUCACAUCAUGCUCUUGCUUUGGGUUUCAGGCCAGCAGAGAGCUCAAGGGUGAUCCCUGUGUGCCUUGAUGCGUUAUUCCCAGCCCACAGAGACGUGGGUGAGCCAGGCUGGGCUCCCAGCUCUGCAGGUUGCUGACAGGAGCAGUAGAGGAAGAGUCACAGGCCUUGUUAGCAAUACUUGAAUUGUGUUACUAAAAGCUGCUGGAUAAUUUUGCACAAUUUGUAGAUUUUUUUUUUCUAUGUAAUGUUUUUAUAUUCGACGUAGAUAGCGUUGUGCAUGUUAGCACCAGGGCGGAAGCUUGCAGGGCUUUGUGUCAAGCUGCCUGGUUGGGUUUCCUUUGGGAGUUGCAGGCAGGGGUUUCAGCCUGGGGCAGGGGCAACCUGUCCUUGCUGAGUUAGCCAGGGCCGUGCUGCAUGCAGCAGGUGACUGAGCCAGCCCACGUGGAGGGCUGCCAGCUUGCUGUGGCCACCAGCUUGCCCUUCCCCUCUGCAAAGAGCCCCAGGGGCUCAGGGACAUGGCAGCUGCUCCGUUUCUGCUGCAUCAUCCCAGCAGAUGGCCCUCGCCGAGCGCUGCGGGAGCAGUGUGGCUCCGUGCCAUCCCAUGGGCCACGUGCUUCAGCCUAGAAGCCUAAAAGCCACCUUGGCAUCUGGAGAGGCCGCUGUGCCCUUGUGUCCCCACUGCUGCACAGCUGUCCCGGGGGCUCGUCCCUGCUGGCAAGGGCUGAGCAGGGGGGCCUGGAGCCGGGAGAGCGGUGUGCGGGGCGUCAGCGGGGCCCAGGCUCCUUCCUGUUCUUAUUUAAACCGGUUUCCUUGAUUACUCGUUGUAAUAAAAUUAUAUUUUUAAAGAGUUAA